AUGGCCUUCAAGUUCUCAUGGCCUCAGUUCUCAGCGGGGUUCUAUGAGAAGGCCGAAGACUUGCUGAGUACAGCUCUCAACAAGGGCUCCAAACCUGCCAUUCUGGUCGAUAAGAUUAGCGUGAAGGAAUUGGACAUGGGCACUCAGCCUCCUGAACUAGAGAUCCUUGAGAUUGGCGACAUUGCUGAGGACCGUUUCCGCGGAAUUUUCAAGCUGAAUUACAACGGCGAUGCGUCUAUCGUCCUGCAAACCAAAGUGCAGGCGAACCCUCUCAACACGCAUUCACGAACAUCACAACCAUUCUCUCGCGUCAAAAUGGGAGCGGCAUCAAGUCCGUUGACCGUACCUAUGUUUCUGAGAUUAAGCGACCUCAAGCUGAGCGGCAUCGUCAUUCUGGUGUUUUCUAAACAGAAGGGUCUGACAAUCGUCUUCCGGAACGAUCCUCUGGAGUCCGUCAGAGUCAGCUCAACUUUCGACUCAAUACCCGCAAUUGCUCGCUUCUUGCAGGCAGAGAUUGAGAAGCAGCUGCGCUCGCUGUUCCAGGAAGAACUGCCCGGUAUCAUCCACAAGCUUUCGCUUUCCUGGACCUCUGUACCAAAAGCUGCCUCCCCCCCAUUGCAGCCUGUCAAGCUUCCUCCUAUCGACGUCGAUUCACUUCACCUCGACGAUUCCGAGGACGAUUUCAUGCUGUCUCCCGUUGCAGUGCAGCCCGCUGGCUCGUCUACUAAACCUAUCUCAUUGGCUGAGAUCGAUCCCGAGCGUGGUCUGUCGGAUGCAAACCUCUUGCGUCUUCGCGCUCUUGCGUCUUCGCAGGCUACUUUGUCCGUCUUCACUCCGGCGAUUCGUGGUGCUGUUUACCGAUCUACGGCAUUCGCGUCGCGCAAGUCUACCCAGGCUCAACCGGUGCACCACCACCACCAUACCCUUUCCAUAUCUCUCCCACCCCUGGCCCGGCCAAGAUUUGAGGAGCCAAGCAGGGCGCUUAUUCUGCGUGAUGCUCCGCCAACCCCUGUCGCACAGACGAUGCUCAGACCGCAGCUGUCGCGGAACCCGACGUCGUUUACUCGCAAGAGAAAAGAACAGGAGAAGAAGCGGAAAGUCGUGAAGCUUGGCUCCAGGUUGGCAAGAGAAGAAAGCCACAGAAACCUGGCGCAGAUCCAGAUUGAUGAGGAGAAGCGAAGAUUCAAGGAGGAGCUGGAUAGAAUCAACAUGGAAAGAUGGGGCACACAAGCUCUGGCGGCUGAUGCCUGAUUCACAGGAGGUGUAUGAUGCUGCUUUGAUUCUUUCGCAGGCGCGGGCGUUAUGACUUUUCUUUUUGCUUUGAUUUUGCCCACGCCGUGGUACCGGUGUACUCUCUCUUCUCUGACAUGUCGAGACCUAAAAGUUUUGCUUUUGGGCGUUCUAGGGUUUGCUAUUUGCUACAUUUGGGUCGUAUGCCCUUUUU